GUCGCCGACCUGGCGGAUACAAUUACACUAGACAGCUUGGGAACCUUAUGGUUCAUGCUAGUGAAUGUCCUUAUCACAUUCCUUAUUGGUUCUGCACUUGCAUGGAUACUCAUAAAAAUCACGAGAGCUCCUCAACAUCUGCACAGCCUUGUCAUUGGUUGUUGUGCUGCAGGAAAUUUAGGGAACUUGCUCCUGAUUAUCCUCCCAGCUGUCUGCGAGGAAGAUGAUAGUCCGUUUGGAGAUUCUUCUGUUUGCUCUACUGAUGCAGAGGCUUAUGCUGCUCUUUCUAUGGCGUUAGGUGCAAUAUAUAUAUGGUCUUAUGUGUAUCCUAUCAUGCUGAUAUAUGCAAACAAGGCAGCUAAAGACAUUGCCAUGAAUGGCUCUAUGACAACGGAUAACAUUUCUGGAGAAACCUUGUAUUUACACUCAGAGAUUGGCACAGCACUGCUCCUUCCUUCAGAGGGUUGCCAAAGCUUAGAGGAGUGUAUGGAUCAAGUUGAAGUCCAUUCGACUGGAUCUGAAGGAAAAGUGAAGGUGAUGUUUCUGGAAAAGACUAUGCUGCACCUUAGGAAGCUUAUUGGGCAUGUGGAUCUCAAAAAAUUGUUUGCGCCAUCUACAAUUGCAGCAAUUUUUGGGUUUAUCAUUGGAAUAGUCUCUCAAAUUCGAAAGGUACUGAUUGGUGAUGAUGCUCCUCUUCGUGCCAUCUACAGCUCUGCGAGUUUGUUAGGGGAAGCAACAAUACCAUCCAUGACACUGAUAAUUGGAGCAAACCUUCAUAGAGGUCUAAAAGGUGCCGGAGUAAGUCCUGCACUCAUUGUAGGGAUUAUCGCAAUUCGGUACAUCAUCAUGCCUUCACUGGGUAUUGGUAUUGUUAAGGCUGCAAACCAUUUUGGCAUUGUGGGAUCAGAUUCAUUAUAUCAGUUUACACUUAUGCUUCAGUAUGCUGUUCCACCUGCAAUGGGUGUAGGUACCAUUUCUCAAUUGCUGGAGACAGGAGAGAGUGAAUGCUCUGUCAUUAUGCUAUGGACUUAUGCUGUGGCAACAUUCUCUCUGACACUAUGGUCGACCAUCUUCAUGUGGCUUGUUUCUUAAUCUGGAUUACUUGAUUCGUUUGAUUUUAGACGGCAUAAAAACAUCCAAACAGUGAACUAGUUCUUUAUGAUUUCUGUUUCAGCAAAAAUAAGGAAAGAAAAGAAAAAAGUGCUAGAUACUACAUCUUCAUCUCAGUCCAAUCAGUAUCUAUUGUGUUGGUGUAAUAUAUCUAUAUCAGUAUCUAUUGUGUUGGUGUGAUA